AUGGCCGCGCCCAGUUUGUUCGGAUUGUGAUCAAAAGUUUCAUACAAAAGUGACCACCGAACUCUUGAGGAAUCGCAGUAACAAAGUCGGAGAGUUAUUCUGUGAACUGGGUAAUCAGCAGGAAAUGAGGUCCGGCGAAUCGGAUGACGAAGGCCCACCGGAACUCUCCGACUACGCGAAAGCUGCGCUGGAGGAGUUUUUGCGAGAAAAAGAGGAGCAAGAAAAGGGGACCGCACCGGAGGAGGACUGGCAAUUAAGCCAGUUCUGGUACAGUGACGAGACAGCGACGGCUUUGGCCAAGGAAGCAUUGCGUGCAGCUGGGCCGGAAGGAGCGAUUGCUUGUAUCUCAUGUCCGACUCUGUAUGCGAAGCUUCGAGAGCUUGGCUGCAAGAACACGCUCAAGCUUCUCGAGUUCGACCGGAGGUUCGAGUGUCACGGGGAAGACUUUGUACACUACGACUACAACGCCCCGCUCGAGAUACCUCCGGAGUGGCAGGGAAAGUUCACGGUGGCUGUGCUCGAUCCCCCUUUCCUGUCCGAAGAGUGCUUGUCAAAAACUGCACAAACCGUCAAAUUCCUUCGCCCCACGUUUAUAAUUCUGUGCACAGGUGCAGUGAUGGAGCCCUAUGCAGAACAGCUCCUUGGCCUCCAGCAAUGCAAAUUUGAGCCCACACACACGCGAAAGCUUGGCAAUGAGUUUAAGUGCUUCGCCAAUUACAACAUGGAUGAAUUUUGCAGCUGAAGUGCCGCGACCGAUAGCAGCUUUCGCGACUAACCAAAGUAUUUUCCUAGUCCUAACAAUCACCCGUAUUCUUAUAACUAAUAGAAUUGUUUUCUUAGUCUAAGCUAUCGCUAGUAGUUUUUUGAUUAAUCAAAGUAUUUUUCCCUAGUCUUUAUGUAACCAGUAUUUUUUUCGUUGCUGUUUAUAAGAACCAGAGGAGACUUACAUACAUGCCCAAAAUAAAGUGAAUAAAGAAAGCACUGUCAA